AUGGAAGCAAGAGUUAAAUGGGAGAUGGAGAAGAGCAAAUAUAACAAUGAUAGGAAUAUCUAUGAGGACAAACUUGCAGGAGUUAGCAAGAUCAGACAAGAGAUCUUCAGAACGGUGGCAUUCAGUGAGCUGGAAAUAGCAACUAAUGGGAAUAGUUGCAUUGAUGUGAAAGAUCUUCUACUUGCUCUUAAGAAAAGGUUAUCACCCAGAACAGCAGACCGCCAGUAUGAGAUCAGUGGUUAG